AUGGCGCUUUGUGACGUACAUAAAGGGUUGAACUCCGAUUUGGUCAACAAUAUCUUGAUUCGGGUUCAGCACGAGGUCACCUCGGGGUUCCGUCAAAUUGAGGAAUAUCCGGAGCUCGUUGGCGCCGUCGAGGCAGAAAUUCUAGCCAAGCUGCGAGCAUUGCAAGGCAUGUGGACCAAGCCUGAGGUGGACAAAUCGGUGGCUCCUAAUGCCUUGCCGUAUCAGAUCAAUAAAUGUGCGGCAUGCAUCAUAGCGCGCAUCGCAGCAGACAGCGAGAUUUUGCGGAAUUUGCGCGUGGUCUUGCAGAGUCGCACUCGCACUCGGAAGUAUCACCGAGCACCAACUCUCAUGUUGUUCGUCGAUGAAUGCAUCCGGCAGUUUGGCAGUGAUGAGGCUGAAGAGAUUUGUGGCACUGCAAGCAACUUGGCGUUUCAGAUGAAGGCUACUCGGAAGGCCUGCAUCAAGGCCUGGCUCAAUGACAACAAAAAUUCGCGUCGCCAUCAAAAGAAGCGCCGUGAUGAUAGACACCGCGACGGAAAGCCCGACGGCUUAAAUGGUAGCACUCGCCCAAGUUCUCAUCUUCCGUCCAUAGACCUCCAACCUGAAUAUUCUCGAGCCACGCCGGUUCCAGAAGCAGGACUUGAGCCUCUGCGUGUCGGCAGAGUGGAUUCUCAGCGUGAAGAGGAGCUUCGCAUGAGCAAGGUGAAUUUCCAGACCUCCAAUCCCAAUGGAAGCGAGAAUGAUUCAUUCUUGGACUACUCCAGUAGUGAUUACUGGACCGAUGCUUCUUGGAAUUCAGAAGAGAUGGAACCGGCGUCCAUUUUGAAACCUCAGCUUCCGCCAAAGCCGCAGUCCCGGGCUCCUGUACGUCAGGAGCAGCCCCGGGUCAUGACCACUUGGGACAUGAUGGUUGAUCAAUCGAACAUGUUCUAG